AUGACAGAUGAAACGCAUUCUGCACACUUGGUUGGAACUGGAAGAAUUUUUGAUGGAACUUCUUAUUGGAAUUUUUGGAAUGUUUGGUCUAAUAUUCAUAAAAAUUUAUCUGCAUCAUCAUCAUACCUAAUAUAUUCCGCUCAUAAUUUACCAGUUCAUAACCGUUGGUUUCCCAAUGGUAAAAUCAUUUCACUUCCAUUUAAACACCCAAAUGAAUUCAUUGUUAGAUAUGAAUCACCCCCACUUAGAGAAAAAAUCUUCCAUUUUUCAUCUAAAUGUAUAGCAAAUUUAAAGAAAAAAGCAAAUUAUAAUCAGCCCAAGGAGUCUCGUCCAAGGCAGGGUCUGAACGAAUCUCAUCUUUUCAAGCUUUAUGUGCACUUAUUUGGAGAUGCAGUAACUGCAAGUACAAAAGUUGGUGAAUUGGUUGAACAUGAUUUAGGGUGGGUGGCAAAUUUGGUUCAUGAAUCAGUAGUAAACCAUACUAAUGAAUCUGUGCUUGAUUUUUAUAAGGAAUGGAUGAAGGAUCCAUUUGUGUAUAAGCAUGCUACAUUGUAUGAUGUUAAUAGUAUUACAUUUGAGAAUUCUCCAAGAUUUGAUAUGUAUGGGAAUGUAUUUGGAAUAGGGAAACCUGUUGCUGUAAGAAAUGGGGGAGGUAAUAAAUCUGUUGGGGUGGUUAAUGCAUUUCCUGGUUGUGAAGGGAAUGGAAGUGUGGAUCUUGAGAUUUGUUUGCCUUUUCAUUCAAUGAAUGUUUUUGAAUCUGAUGAGGAACUUAUUGCAGCAUUAUUAAUACCCUAG